CGGGGACGGAUGUGACACCCUGACAGGACGAGAGAUCCGCGCGGGGCUGCGAUCAUCAGGACAGCAGGAGCGCGUCAGCAUCAUCACCCCCGUGGGAGUGGGCGUCCGCUCACGAGGACCACGUCCACAGAGCCGAGACCCGAGAGAGCAGGUAGCAGGUAGCAGGAGCGGAGAGAAGAGCGGAGGAGACCCCUCGUCCAGGAGGAGAUGCUCUGCGCACCACCUUCUCAGCAUCUUCUCGGAGGACCUGAGUGCUCAGGUGGCCCUGGCAUGUGAGACGGCGCAUUGCUGAGACACGUCGGCACCACAGGGAGCACUGACAGGAUCGUGGUAACCCCAGUGUCGGAGCAGCGCCGGAGCGGCGGUGCGCGCGGACUCGGGCGAGAGACCCCGCUCAAGACUGCACCGGGACGGCUCCCUCUGGUGGCAGAACCCGAACGUGGCCGGACCAUGUGGACCGCACGACUGCUCUUCCUCAGCGCCCUCCUCACACCUGCGUCCCUCGCCUUCAGCCGUGCCCCCAUCCCCAUGGCAGUGGUUCGACGUGAGCUGUCCUGCGAGAGCUACCCCAUAGAACUGCGCUGCCCUGGCACCGAUGUCAUCAUGAUCGAGAGCGCCAACUAUGGGCGCACAGAUGACAAGAUCUGUGAUGCUGACCCAGCGCAGAUGGAGAACACGCGCUGCUACCUGCCUGAUGCCUACAAGAUCAUGUCUCAAAGGUGUAACAACCGGACGCAGUGUGCGGUCGUGGCCGGGCCCGACGUCUUUCCGGACCCCUGUCCCGGGACCUACAAAUACCUGGAGGUGCAGUACGAGUGUGUCCCUUACAAAGUGGAACAAAAAGUCUUCCUGUGCCCGGGCUUGCUGAGGGACGUCCACCAGAGCGAGCACCUCUUUGAGUCGGACCACCAGGCUGGGGCAUGGUGCAAAGACCCUCUUCAGGCUUCCGACAAGAUCUACUACAUGCCGUGGACACCAUACCGGACGGACACGCUGACCGAAUACUCGUCCAAGGAGGACUUCAUCGCGGGGCGCCCCACCACCACCUACAAGCUGCCACACCGCGUUGAUGGCACGGGCUUCGUGGUCUACGAUGGCGCAUUGUUCUUCAACAAGGAGCGCACACGUAACAUCGUCAAGUUCGACCUACGCACGCGCAUCAAGAGCGGCGAGGCCAUCAUCGCCAGCGCCAACUAUCACGACACGUCGCCCUACCGCUGGGGCGGCAAGUCGGACAUCGACCUGGCCGUAGACGAGAACGGCCUGUGGGUCAUCUACGCCACGGAGCACAAUAGCGGGAAGAUAGUGAUCAGCCAGCUGAACCCGUACACGUUGCGUAUCGAAGGCACCUGGGACACGAGCUACGACAAGCGCUCGGCCUCCAACGCCUUCAUGAUCUGUGGCAUCCUCUACGUGGUCAAGUCGGUCUACGAGGACGACGACAACGAAGCCACGGGGAAUAAGAUCGACUACAUCUACAACACGGAGCUCAGCAAAGACGGAUACGUGGACAUUACGUUUCCCAACUCGUACCAGUACAUCGCUGCCGUGGAUUACAAUCCCAGGGACAACCUGCUGUACGUCUGGAACAACUACCACGUGGUGAAGUACUCCUUGGACUUUGGGGCGCUGGACAGUAGACCAGAUUCAUCCGCACUGGUUCCCAUCAUCAUGGACACCACCACAGCCAAGACGACCCCCAGGCCGGUCGUGGUCACCACCACAGGCAGCAGCCGGGUUCCAUCGCCGGUCACCCCCAGCCAGCGGCCCCGGAGCACCACCACCCAGCCGAAGGGAGAGGAUGCCGCUGCAGAGGUCACCACGCGCCCGGCGCCCUCAUCCCAGCUGCCCAACGUGGCCUUUGACUACUGCCCUCCGCUGGAAGAGUUGGGUGUCUCGUGGCCCAGGAUGCACCAGGGACAGGUCGCUAGGCAGCCGUGUCCGACGGGAACUAUAGGGACGGCCCUGUAUGCCUGCCUGGCCCCCGAUGCUUACUGGGACCCCCAGGGGCCUGACCUGAGCAACUGCACGUCCCCCUGGGUUAACGUCAUCACUCAGAAGCUGCGGUCGGGUGAGGCGGCGCCCAUCGUCGCGCGGGAGCUCUCGGAGCAGACCAAGGGCCAGGUGCACGCGGGGGACAUUCCCUUCACCGUGAGGGCCAUGGCGCAACUCGUGGACUUGCUGGACGUUCAGCUCAGGAACCUCACCCCCGGAGGCAAGGAUAGUGCCGCCCGCAGCUUGAACAAGCUGCAGAAGCGGGAGCGAUCGUGCCGCUUUUACGUCCAGGCUAUGGUGGAGACAGCCAACAACCUGCUGCAGCCCGAGGCUCAGGCGGCGUGGCAGCGCCUCUCGGUGGUUGAGCAGCUGCGGGUGGCCACCAUGCUGCUGGACACCGUGGAGGAGGGUGCCUUCGUGCUCGCCGACAACUUACUCAAGACCGACAUCGUGCAGGAGAACACCGAGAACAUCCAGCUGGAGGUGGCGAGGCUGAGCACAGAUGGCAACCUGGGCGACCUGACGUUCCCCCAGGCGGGCAGCAGCGGCAACUCCAUCAGGCUGUCCGGGAACACGCUGAAGCAUCAUGGGAAAAACGGUGAGAUCAGGAUGGCCUUUGUCCUGUACAAACACCUGGGUGCCUACCUGUCCACUGAGAACGCGAGCAUGAAGCUGGCCAGUGAAGCCCUUGCCACCAACUACACGGUCAUCGUCAACUCCCCCGUCAUUACUGCAGCCAUCAGCAAGGAGAGCAGCAAGGUCUACCUGACGGACCCGGUCAUCUUCACGGUCAAACACCUGCAGCAGUCGGAGGAGAACUUCAACCCCAACUGCUCCUUUUGGAGUUACUCCAAGCGCACCAUGAUGGGCUUCUGGUCGACACAGGACUGCCGCCUGCUGGCCACCAACCGAACCCACACCACGUGCUCGUGUACGCACCUCACCAACUUCGCCGUGCUUAUGGCCCAUGUGGAGGUCAAGACGGCCGACCCCGUGCACGACCUGCUGUUGGACGUCAUCACCUGGGUGGGAAUCCUGCUGUCGCUCGUCUGCCUGCUGCUCUGCAUCUUCACCUUCUGCUUCUUCCGUGGCCUGCAGAGCGACCGCAACACCAUCCACAAGAACCUUUGUCUGAGCCUCUUCGUGGCCGAGUCGCUCUUCCUGGUCGGGAUAAACCGCGCUGACCAGCCGGUUGCCUGCGCCGUCUUUGCCGCCCUCUUGCACUUUUUCUUCCUGGCCGCCUUCACCUGGAUGUUCCUGGAAGGUGUGCAGCUCUACAUCAUGCUCGUCGAGGUGUUCGAGAGCGAACACUCCCGCCGCAGGUACUUCUACCUGGUGGGCUACGGUGUUCCUGCCCUCAUUGUGGCUGUGUCCGCCGCCGUCGACUACCGCAGCUAUGGCACUGACCGAGUGUGCUGGUUGCGGCUCGACACCUACUUCAUCUGGAGCUUCAUCGGGCCGGCGACCCUCAUCAUCAUGCUCAACGUGAUCUUCCUCGGCAUCGCUCUCUACAAGAUGUUCCACCACACAGCCAUCCUCAAGCCGGAUUCGGGCUGCUUGGACAACGUCAAGUCGUGGGUCAUAGGGGCCAUUGCCCUCCUCUGUCUGCUGGGACUCACCUGGGCCUUUGGGCUCAUGUACAUCAAUGAGAGCACGGUCAUCAUGGCCUACCUCUUCACCAUCUUCAACUCCCUGCAGGGGAUGUUCAUCUUCAUCUUCCACUGUGUCCUGCAGAAGAAGGUGCGGAAGGAGUACGGCAGGUGUCUCCGCGCCCACUGCUGCAGCGGGAAGAGCGUGGAGACGUCAAUCGGCUCCGCCAAGAGCUCCGUGGCUCGAACACCGGGCCGCUACCCCUCGGGGUCCCAGAGCCGCAUCCGUCGCAUGUGGAACGACACGGUGCGAAAGCAGUCGGAGUCGUCCUUCAUCACGGGCGACAUCAACAGCUCGGCGUCGCUCAACAGAGGAGCGAUGGCGAAUCAUCUCAUCACUAACGCUCUGCUCCGACCUCACGGCACUAACAACCCCUAUAACACCCUCCUCGGCGAGUCGGCCGUCUAUAACAACCCAUCUGUGAGCUUGUACAACGCCCAAGAGGGAAUCCUGAACAAUGCCCGGGAUACAAGUGUCAUGGAUACUCUACCACUGAAUGGUAACCAUGGCAACAGCUACAGCGUGGCCAGCGGUGACUACAUGAGUGACUGCGUCCAGAUCAUUGACCGCGGCUACAACCACAAGGAGACCACGCUGGAGAAGAAGAUCCUGAAGGAACUCACAUCCAACUACAUCCCGUCCUACCUGAACAACCACGAGCAAUCCCACGAGCGCGGGCGCGAGCGCAGCACCGAGCAGAGCCGCAACCUCAUGAACAAGCUGGCCAACAGCCUGAGCAACGGCGGCGGCGGCGGCGGCAGCACCAAAGACGACGGCAUCGUGCUGGAUGAUGUUGCCUCCUUCGGCCACGACGAGGCCCUGGGCCUGGGCCUGGACCUCCUGCGGGAGGAGUCCAACGCGCCGCUGCUGCCGCACCGGGGUCAGUGCGCCGACAGCCACCCGGGCCACGCCUUCUCUAGGAGGAGGGUCCCGCAGGAGAACAGCGAGAGCUUCUUCCCGCUGCUCACCAACGAGCACACGGAGGAGAGCCAGUCGCCGCACAGGGACUCGCUCUACACCAGCAUGCCCACGCUGGCCGGCGCGGCCGACUCGGGCCCCUCCGGAGCCGCGGACCCCGGCGAGCCCCUCCCGGCGAAAGGCCCCGGCGCCGAUGCCGACGACGUGUACUAUAAGAGCAUGCCUAACCUGGGCGCCCGAAACCACGUUCAGCAGUUGCACACGUACUACCAGCUGGGCCGGGGCAGCAGCGACGGCUUCAUUGUCCCCCCCAGCAAGGAGGAUGCGUCCCCGGAGGAGCCGCCCCAGGAGCCGCCCCACCUGGUCACGAGCCUAUAGAUGCCCCCUCCCUCUGAGCCCCCCUCCCCCAGGCCCCCGAUUCCCCCAUCGCCGUCGCGGACGCCUUCGGCUUCGGGCGCGGGACCAUCCUGGCGGUCCAGCCGGACAGGAAGUGGAAGGAGCCGUGGAGGGACGGGGGUCGGUCCCGAAGGAGUUCGAGAAACGGCCCCCAGCCAGUCAGAAACUGUUUUAUUACACUGUAUCCACUGGGGCUUUUUAAAAACUCCUUCCUGUUUGGUGAAUUACGGCGCGUUUUGCUGUAACAUUCCUGAACGUGACGCGGAACAAAUCCACAAAGGGACUCUUUAUGCCAGGGUGCAUUUCUUUUUUGUUUUGUUCUUGCUGUUAUAAUUCCAAAUGGUUAAAAAGAAGGUGGGGGAAAAACUAAUAACAAAGAAUUCUAUGAUAUUUGUAUGUAAAUGUACAGAUACUAGCAUCGCACAUGGUAGUUUGCUUCUUUCUGUUCCUACAGAACGUCGCUCUCUGUAAAGCGUAGUGAGUAGAGCUUCUUUCCGUUGUGCUCGUCCUGCGGGUGGACGCUCCAGUCGGCCUUUUUUUUUUUUUUUUUUUUUUUUUUUUAAGUUCCCAUCCUUCUUAUACGCCGGAAAAAUAUCAAUAUCAUCAAACAGAACCAUUAGUGACUCUCUUUUUUUACCUACAUAACCACUGAUGUUUUUUGAAAUAUUUUUGUUUGAUUUCCUUCACUGUGUAGACAAAAAAAAUAAAAAUAAAAAACAACAAAAAAAACAAAACUAUCACCAACUACAGAGGUCAUGGCAAACAACUCUGAAAAGUGUGCUGAGAAGAAUAUGCCAGAAGACAGUAAAGAGCGAGUGAGGGCGAGGCCGGUGCAUGUCGGGGAGAGACGAGGUCCUACAUCGAUAAGCACUAGGCUCUUGUAUAAAAGAUUAAAAUUAAAAAUUGAAUCGUUUUACUUAUUAAAAGCGAACUUUUGGAGUGAGUAAACUGGAAACGUGUUUUCUUUUGUCCUUAACAGGAAAGAUAUUUAUUUAUUUGUUAAAAAAGAUAAAAUCCAAUAAAAAAGUUGACCUUCAGGCGGUAAAGAAUUUAGCAGCACAUACAAUAGUUUUUAUUAUUAUGAUUGACUUUUAUUUAUUCAUUUUGUAUGGUUUCCAAGUUGAAUGACCUCAUAACUAAUAUUUGUUGUAACAGUGAACCUUGUUUGCCAACAAAUAAAUAACUGAUUCAGAUUUGCAUCAUCAUCACCAUCAUC